AAACCACGCACGGUCAGCGGGUUAGAUCUUAGCGUCACAGAGUGGCUGAAGGAUCCGUCGACGGUUCGGUCCAGUUUGAUUCUGCUCCGAUCUGAGAGGGAUGGUCUAAGGAGAGAGAGAGAGAGAGAGCGGUCAUUGAUAUCCAGAAUUUCAAAGAGUAGAGUGACAGACGAACGAAGACGAAGAUGGCAGCGAGGCAAAUGGAAGAGAUUCAGAAGAAGCUAUCAACGCUCAAUUACCCUAGAGCCAAUGCUCCUGCUCAGUCCCUCCUUUUCGCCGGCAUGGAGCGCUAUGCUCUUCUCGAGUGGCUCUUCUUCCGUUUGUUGGGUGAUAAGUCGCCGUUCUCGCAACAAAAUAUCCAAGGAGAUGCUAUUGAUCGCGAUGAAGAGACUGGUCGCAUUCAGUAUUUAGCCGAAAUCGCAAAGUUUCUGGGCAUUACAACCAGUAUCGAUACUGAAGUUAUCCAAGGACGGGGAAGCUAUGAGGAGCGAACUGAAAUGAUCCGUCUUAUUGUCGAUCUUGUUGAGGCAAGCAUCUAUGCGGAUAAUCCAGAUUGGAGUGUUGAUGAGCAAGUUGCCAAAGACAUACAACUCAUUGACUCUAUUGCCGAGAAACAGGCUCAAAUAUUCUCAGAAGAAUGCAAGUUGUUUCCUGCUGAUGUUCAAAUCCAGUCUAUAUAUCCAUUGCCAGAUGUUUCUGAGCUGGAAACCAAGCUUGCAGAACAAUCGAAGAUACUUUUGAAUCUUCAACAGAAAGUUGAUGAUUUAGCAUCAAAGCAUGCUUACAACCCAGAUGAGGAAUAUACCGAAGUCGAGUCUCAAUUGCGUUCACACCUGGAAUCUUUUCUUGAAACAGCAAGAUCUUUCAACAUUAUUUACACCAAGGAAAUUCGUCCAUGGACACACAUGAUGGAGGUUCCACAGCUUCAUGGCUUUGGGCCAGCUGCCAACCGAUUGUUGGAAGCAUACAAUAUGCUACUAAAGUUCUUGGGCAACUUGAGGAAUCUUAGAGAUUCUCAUGCAGCACUGGCGAUUGGAUCGUCUGAAACGAUUGCUGGAGAGCCAUCUUCCGUGACAAGAAUAAUAUCCGAGUGCGAGUCUGCAUUGACAUUCCUAAAUCGCGAUCUUGGCAUUCUCUCUGCUUCCAUCACUCGUGAACGUGGCCAGCAGGGCGAAGAGAUUGUAAGAUAUCAACUUGUCUCUUUCACGUUGUUCCCUGAUAUUCUCCAGGUUUUUUGGAGCAUUCCCGAUCCAAACAUUGCCUCAAACAUGUUUAGCUUUUCCGAUCCUCGAGAACUGAAAUGGGAUUAUUAGCCGUCGAAUUCGGGUAAGAAAAUUCUCUUCUGGCUUGUUUAUCAUCAGUUCUGAACCCUUUGCCGAUUUGUCUCGUUACCGGGUUUUGUUAAUAGAAGCUAUGAAUCAUACUCGAAUUGUUUCGUGUCGAUUUCGUUUGGUUAAUAGAUGUAGAUUUUGUGUUGGUAGUUGAACAAGUUGGACAUCUUGGAGUUAUUUUGGUUUGGUUGGAUGGGAAUGAGUUUCAGCCUUUCCCCACUCU